CUGCGGCCAUGGAGGCGCCGGGGAAGGGCGGCCUCGUUCUCGGCAACCUGGCCGAGGUGGUGGAGCGCGUGCUCGGCUUCCUGCCCACGAAGGCGCUGCUGAGCGCAGCCUGCGUGUGCCGGCUGUGGAGAGAGUGCGCGCGGCGGAUCCUGCGCACGCGGCAGCGCCUCGCUUGGGUGUCGGCGCUGGAGCCCGGCCCACCCGGCGGACACGCGUUGGUGCAGGCCUUGGCGCGAGAGCUCGAGAAGGUGCACGUCCUGCCCCAGACGGUGCUCUACAUCGCCGACGCGGAGACGUUCAGCGGGCACGAGGAGUGCCACGAGCACAAGAAAGUAGCCAGAAAAAGAAACAGUAAAGAAACAGCCCUUGCGAUUGAGAAACUGUUGCCAAAGCGAUGUCAGGUCCUUGGACUGCUCACCCCGGGGAUCGUAGUUACCCCCAUGGGUUCAAGCAGCAAUCAGCCUCAAGAAAUUGAAGAUGGUGAAGCUGGAUUUGCUCUUUUGUUUCCCAAAAUUGAUGGGGUUAAAAUCCAAACCUUCCAUUUUCCUAAAGAAGUAAAGAAUAGAGUCAUUGACGAAAACAAAUUUGCCGCAGCAGGCCUGAAGAAUAAUCCGGAUCUUCGUGUGGUUCUUUUGUUUGGCUACAACUCCUGGAAGUCUGGAGCCACUCGUUUUCUUCAUCAAAUAGUCAAUCCUUUGAAUGAAAAAAGUAUCAUCCUAGCUGGGGGACAAGUGGAGAGCUUUACAUCGCUGAUCUCUGAGAAUAAUAACGCCCAGCCCAGCGAUGCCUGCGGGGUGGUCGGGCUGGCUUUCAGCGGGCCCCAGAUCCAGAGUGCCACAGUUCUGUUAGACCAGGACGUCGCUGAUGAGAGGACAGCGGAAGCCGCCAUGCAGCGCCUCAAGGCAGCGAACAUCCCCGAGUGUAACACCAUCGGCUUCAUGUUUGCGUGCGUUGGCCGAGGGUAUCGGCAUUACAAAACCAAACAGAACAUGGAGGCGGAUGCCUUUAGGAAGUUUUUUCCAAAUGUUCCCCUCUUUGGCUUUUUUGGACACGGGGAAAUAGGAUGUGACCGGAUAGUUACUGGGAAUUUCGUACUGAGAGAAUGUAACGAUGUCAAGGACGACCUGCUUCACGGUUACACUACUGUUAUGACUCUCAUUCAUCUUGGUUCAACUAAAGCAAACCAGGCGUGAGUGUGUUUGCAGUGCAUCGAUGAGCUGCUUCGUCCUGAAGAGCCAACAUCCUGCAGUCAGAGCACUUCCUUUUGGGAGGUGCAUAAACACCAUUUUCCUAGCAUUAUCCAAUCCUGUAGUUGGAACAGUUGAAUGUAAUAGCUAUGAGGAAGCCUUGCCUUUUGUGUAGCCUCCUGCACGUGCUGAAAUUGCAGGGAAAUGACACUGAAUGGAGUUCUGCAGUUGAAGGAAGCCUUUCUUUUUUCUAAAAUGAGAACAGUUUGCACAAGUGGCAGUCAGAGGCCGAGCAAUCACCGUGCAGAAACAAUACUUUGUGCUCUAUUUAUGUGUGCAAAACAGGACAGAAGAACUACCGGCGUGUGCUGAAAUACUGGUGCAGGAAAUCCACCAUUCCGUGGGUUUAAGAGUGAUGCACAGCCUGCCCAGACUUGGGUCCUAUUUACAGAACUGAAUCUUUUACCGGGUUUUAUCUUUAGGAAAAAAAGCCAACCAAACAAGAAAGUGCUCAUUAAAUAAAGACAACGUUAUGUAAUUGCACCUGGCCUUCCGUUCUCAGAGAAAAAAGCUCCUAUCUGGUGAGGUGCUCUCAGCUUUGAAGCUGAACUCAAUUCAUUAUCUUGAACUACGUUUCAGUCAUCUUAAAUAUUUGGUUUAGAACAAUACCUGAUACGUUGUGUCUACCAGCACUCUUAGCCUUUGUGUACAAACGUUUACACAAUCAGAGUGGACUGCUUAGCGUUCCUUUUAGAUUCUCUUGUAGCACGAUCUUCCCUGUUACAAACUUUUAAAUUCACAGUACAAAAAAAAAAAAGACUCUCCCUGGUAUCUUUAAGAAAUUUUUUGUUUUUAAUAAGAAAUUCUGGGCCACACAAGAUCUGGUGAUGUUUGUUUUGUCUCAAGCCCAACGACUUGGGCUAUUGCAUGUUUUGUGAGCUGAAGCUUUUACAUCAGUCAUCUACUUUGGGUGCUGCAGCUGAAGGUAGUGUUUCACAGUUCACAUAGGUACUUUCAUCAUAUUCUCAGCAUAGGUCAUAAUACAUCUGCUCGCUUAUAAAUUCCUUCUUCCCUUUUACUUUACUUGGCAACAGAAUGACAAGAAAGUAGGAUUUGUUUUGGACCGUUUCAUCACACUUUGAAAUCCCUCAUUGAGCAUCUGCCCUGUUCUCAGUUUAGGAAGAGGAAAGUGCUUAGCUGUAUAUUGUACAACAGUGUGUCUUUUGCUGUCCAGGUAAGAGCCAAGGCUUCACGCGGCCACUUCCAGUCAAUGUCUGCAUGCUGUUUGGCACUGGCAGAGGCCUCAUGAGCAGAGAGAGGUUUGCCUGUCCUGAGAGCAGGGCUGCUGUCACUGGGUGCAGAGCACAGGCCGUGCUUUCCCAUGGCUCUUGUUGGUGGUGAUGCUUCUUAACUCAGAGACAGAGGAUGUGAACCCCAUGUGGCCUUCUUGCCAGGGACAGGAGAUCAGUAACUGUUGGUGUGACUUGGAACAGCUUUAGUUACUGCAUUUGGAAGAAAAAGUUGGCAAAUCAGUGUGCUUGAAUUGAAGUGGAGGACCGGGAGAUGUGUUUUCUCUUUUCAGUAUAACAGGAACGUCACACUUGGCCUUUCCCACCAUCUAGCACCACAUAUUUGACAGUUUCUGUAAUACAGACAGGACUUCUGUAAUAGUUACCACGAGCUCCAUGAGUUUGGUGUAGUCACCAGCACAGCUGCUAAUGUAAGCCUGUCAACUUCAACCAACUUCUUGCUGCAGUGGAAGUAAAGGAAUUAUAAUCAACCACACAUCUGGAUCAGGAGUGCAGGCACAUCCAGAAGUGCCCAAAGGAGCAGCUCGUGAGCCUCAGCCAAGGCACGACGAAGCACAAAAUGAGUGCAGUUUAAAGGAGCUCAUUUCUGGGAGAUGGUCUCAGCUCUAAAGGUGCUUGUGAGGGCUGCAGGCAACCACAGCAUGAAGAAGGUUCUGGUGGGGAUCCGGGAUCAUCUCCACCACUGGUGAAGGGGGAAGAGCCCAGAGGACACCAGAACCGUGUGCUGCCCUGCCGGCAUUGCUGCGCUGCCUCCCCUGGACUGUGCCAUCUCUCCCAUGUGCCAGGGCAGUGGUGUGGUACAUAAUAUUGCUGCGUAUUUGAUUAAAGUGUUUUGGUAUCCAGA